AUGCCAGCACUGCUGCUCCUCGGGACCCUCCUGCUCCUGGCCUCGACUACCGGCCAGGCUGGGGCGCGCCCGUCCAACGCCACGAGCGCCGAGCCUCCGGGCCCGCUGCCCGCCCUGCUGGCGCACCUGCGGCGCCUGACCGGGGCGCUGACGGGCGGCGGGGGUGCGGCGGGCCCCGGGGCCAACAGCACCAGGACCAGCACCCCGAGCUCGGCGGGGGCGGCGGCACGGGCGCCCCCUCCUGCCGAGCUCUGCCACGGCUACUACGAUGUCAUGGGCCAGUACGACGCCACCUUCAACUGCAGCACGGGCUCCUACCGCUUCUGCUGCGGCACCUGCCACUACCGCUUCUGCUGCGAGCACCGCCACAUGCGCCUGGCGCAGGCCUCCUGCUCCAACUACGACACGCCACGCUGGGCCACUACGCCGCCGCCGCUGGCCGGGGGCGCCGGGGGCGCCGGGGGUGCGGGCGGGGGACCCGGGCCCGGCCAGGCCGGGUGGCUGGAAGGGGGCCGGGCGGGGGGCGCCGGGGGGCGUGGGGGUGAGGGCCCAGGGGGCAGCACGGCCUACGUGGUGUGCGGGGUCAUCAGCUUCGCCCUGGCGGUGGGCGUCGGCGCCAAAGUGGCCUUCAGCAAGGCGUCCCGUGCGCCCAGGGCGCACCGGGAGAUCAACGUGCCCAGGGCUCUGGUGGACAUUCUGAGGCAUCAGACGGGGCCUGGGCCCCGCCCGGACCGGGCACGAAGCAGCUCCCUGACCCCGGGGGUCGGGGGCCCGGACAGCAUGCCCCCGAGGACCCCCAAGAACCUCUACAACACCGUGAAGCCCUCCAACCUCGAGUGGCGGGCCAUUCCGCCGCCCAGCCCCUCCUUGCACUACUCCACGCUGUCCUGCUCUCGGUCCUUCCACAACCUCUCGCAUCUGCCCCCAUCCUACGAGGCGGCUGUGAAAUCUGAACUCAACCGCUACUCCUCCCUCAAGAGGCUGGCUGAAAAGGAUCUGGAUGAGGCCUACCUGAAGCACCGGCACCUGGCGGAGAUGCCCCGCGGGACGCUGCCCCUGCACACGCUGCGGCGACCUGGCACAGGGGGUGGCUAUCGCAUGGAUGGCUGGGGUAGCCCUGAGGAGCUGGGCCUGGCGCCCGCGCCCAACCCGCGGCGCGUCAUGUCCCAGGAGCACCUGCUGGGCGAUGGGGGCCGGUCGCGCUAUGAGUUCACACUGCCCCGCGCACGCCUUGUGUCACAGGAGCACCUGCUCCUGUCGUCCCCCGAGGCCCUGCGCCAGAGCCGUGAGCACCUCCUGUCCCCCCCACGCAGCCCCGCGCUGCCCCCCGAGCCUGCCACCCGCGCCAGCCUGGCUGCCUCCCACUCCAACCUGCUGCUGGGGCCUGGGGGGCCCCCCACACCACUGCACGGGCUGCCCCCACCCCCUGGCCUGCACGCGCACCAUCACCACGGCUUGCACGGCUCACCGCAGCCCGCCUGGAUGUCAGACACCGGCGGAGGUGGGGGCACUCUGGCCCGCAGGCCGCCCUUCCAGCGCCAGGGCACGCUGGAGCAGCUGCAGUUCAUCCCUGGCCAUCACCUGCCCCAACACCUCCGCACUGCCAGCAAGAAUGAGGUGACUGUCUGA